UCUCAAUUCUUUCAGUUACGUGAAUAUCCACCCAAACCAUUGAUAUCGUUAGGAGCAAAUUCUCAGGGGCAACACUUGCUUCCAGAGCAGUUUCAAGCGGUGCCAUGUGAAUGCAGAUCGAGCCUGUUCCUGAUGAACGCUGUCGCCUCAGAGUGGAACAAAUGGCUAUUUGCAGCUCAACGCCUAAAGGCUCGUACCAUGGCAACACAAUCGCAACCGCAACCGACUCCACACCGAUCACGGCCGGCUUCAGGAUUGGUGGCACCGUGCCGCUGCAAGUCGCAAAGGCGGACCUGCGGUAGUUGUGGAGUUUAUCCGCUACUCAGAUCUUGGCGACGGCUGUUCGAUCCUAGUAGAUCGGCUCCGCACUGUCCGGACGUCAGCGUCAGGGUGAAGUCUGCUCGCUGUUGUGGUCGAGGGGUCGAUGCUCGCCGCACAGUUGGUGGAUCGUUAGGUGAGAGGUAGACACGCUUGUUGUUCGUGGUGUCCUUAUUCUGUGUCUGCCGCAUAGGCCCAUUGCUUGCUCAAGGACAGAAUGUG